UCAUCUCCCAACAACAAUGCAAACUCUCUCCACUGAGUGGACAUUUUUUUGGCAAAGUGCCUUACCAAAGGUUAUACACAUCCAUAGUAUAAAAACAGUUCUAUCUACGGCCACGAGAUGGCUCCCUAGGGAAAAAUAGCAUUACUAUGGCUUCGGUACCUUUUUGUGCUCUUCCUCAAAAGAAGUAUUACAGACAGAGGGCUCACUCUAAUCCUCGGGCAGAUCAUAGUUUUGAAUGCCCGUGGUAUCCUGAGCAGAUGGACUGGUCUGGGCAUUACCCAGCAUUCUGUAAACCACUGCCCUCAAAUGAUCGUCAUGAUAAUGAUACAGAUGUUGGUGUGCAAUCGAAACACCAGGUGGAGUUUGCAGAUAUUGGUUGUGGAUAUGGCGGUUUGCUGGUUGAGCUCUCCCCCCUCUUCCCAGAAACGUUGAUGUUAGGAAUGGAAAUCCGUGUAAAAGUAUCCGACUAUGUCAAAGACCGAAUAAUAGCCCUGCGAAAAAAAGAACCUGGACACUAUGAAAACAUAUCCGUGAUUCGGACAAAUGCUAUGAAAUUCCUUCCAAAUUAUUUCCGGAAAGGGCAACUCUCGAAAAUGUUUUUUCUCUUCCCUGACCCGCAUUUCAAAAAGACAAAGCAGAAGUGGAGGAUUAUUAGCUCAACUCUAUUAGCAGAAUAUGCCUAUGUGCUCAGAGAAGGGGGUCUUGUUUACACUAUAACAGAUGUGAAAGAGGUCCAUGAAUGGAUGGUCAACCACUUCACAGAUCAUCCUCUGUUCAAGAGAAUACCAGAUGUGGAUUUGAAAGAUGAUCCCGUGUUUGAAAAGAUCCACACAAGUACUGAAGAGGGUAAAAAGGUGGAAAGGAACAGGGGAGACAAAUUUCCUGCUGUGUUCGAGAGGAUUGCUGAUCAGUAUCAAUCAAAUUCAUGAUUUUUCCUUUGGAGGCAAUUGGUGGUGAAAAAACAAUACAAUUAUCAAUUUGUGACACCUUCGUUAUGACCUUGCAAGUUUCAUGCCCAAGUGGAUGGCUACCGAGUCAAAGGAAGGGUGAAAGAGAAAAUGUAAAUGUCUAGUUCUAAAUAAAAUUGUUAAAUUUUA